AUGCUGGCUGAACUAAUUGACAAAACGGACCUCAUAAUUUGGGAUGAGGCACCUAUGACACACAAGCAUGCUUUCGAACCAUUAGACAAGACGUUGAAGGACAUAAUGUCUAUGAAAAAUCCACCCGCAAAGAAUCAGACUUUUGGCGGCAAAACCGUUAUGUUAGGUGGUGAUUUUAGACAGAUCCUACCAGUCAUUCCACAAGGUAGUAGAGCUGAUACUGUCUUAGUUUCGAUAAGCCAUUCAUAUCUAUGGAAGAGCUGCCACAAGUUCUCUUUAAAAACAAAUAUGCGAGUCAAUCAGGAUGAGAAAGAGUUUUAUGAGUGGCUUCUCAAGGUCGGGGAAGGUCGUCUAGAAUCAGGACAAGAAUAUGAGGAUGAUGGCUACCAUGACCAGUUCAUAACUAUCGAUAAAUCAUUGAUUCGUCAGAGCUAUGUUGACCCAUUAAAAAGAGUUGUUGAUGCCACAUAUGGAGAAAUCAACAAACUGACAAAUUCCCAUACUUCCUACACUGAUAAAGCUAUACUCACACCCCGUAAUGAAACCGUUGAUGAAAUCAAUGCUUUCACCAUCUCACAGACCGACGGGGUAUCAAGAGAUUACUUCAGCUCAGACAGCUUUGAGAUAUCAGAUCAAAAUGAUACAUUAUACGCCGUUGAGUAUCUCAAUUCCUUGGAAUUUUCGGAUUUGCCUUCCCACAAACUAACUCUGAAAGUUGGUGCCCCAGUUAUGCUUCUGCGAAACAUAAAUAAAAAAAAAAGGAUUAUGCAAUGGUACACGUAUGAUCCUAGCCCACAUUGGCGAUCGCGUGCUCAAGGCCGAAACUAUCACUGGCUCCCACAUUGGACAAGAGGUCUUGAUCCCAAGAAUUGUUCUUUUGUAUGA